GCCCAAUGCUGGAUUUACUCAUCGAUAAAGCUUACCUAGGGGCAAGUUCAUUCGGGAUAGAUUACGCUUUAUAAUUUUAACUUUCUUCUUUGAACUUGCGGUUUCCUCUUCCACCAAAACGAAUUGAUCUUUAACUGAAGUCCUUCCUUGAAAUCCCGAAAAUAACUGCAAACAUGGCGUCGUCGAAACCCGCCAUUCCCCAGAACGACAACGUCGCCCACGCCCUCGCCGGCGCGGGCGGCGGCAUCCUCUCAAUGGUCCUCACGUACCCCCUCGUAACCCUCUCGACGCGCGCACAAGUCGAGUCCAAGCGAGCCGAAACAGCCUUCCUAGCCGCAGUGCGACAGAUCGUCGCGCGCGAGGGCGUCGCCGGAUUAUACGCGGGGCUCGACAGCGCGGUCUUCGGCAUCAGCGUGACCAACUUCGUGUACUACUACUGGUACGAGUGGACGCGGGGCUCGUUCGAAGCGGCGGCGACGCGCGCCGGCCGCGCCUCCAAGAAGCUGACCACGAUCGAGGCCAUGAUCGCCGGCGCCAUCGCCGGCUCCGCCACCGUCAUCCUCACGAACCCCAUCUGGGUCGUCAACACGCGCAUGACGACGCGCAAGGGCCAGCUCGAGCAGGAGCAGGCCGGCGGCGGCGGGGACACCACCGCCGUCGUGGAGAAGAAGAAGCCGACCACGAUCGGCACGCUGAUGGCGCUGCUGCGGGACGAGGGCCCGCAGGCCCUGUUCCGCGGCGUCGUGCCGGCGCUCGUGCUGGUUAUCAACCCCAUCCUGCAGUACACUUUGUUCGAGCAGUUGAAGAACGCGUACGAGCGCCGACGCAAGCAUAACGUCACCCCGACCGUCGCCUUCUUCCUAGGCGCCAUCGGCAAGCUUUUCGCCACCUCCAUCACCUACCCGUACAUUACCGUCAAGAGCCAGAUGCAUGUAGCCGACGACGGCGAGAAGCGCGAGGGCAUGACGCAAGCCAUCCGUCGCGUUAUCAAGGAGGAGGGAUAUGCUGGUUUGUACAAGGGCAUCGGUCCCAAAGUCACGCAAAGCGUCCUUACGGCAGCCUUCCUCUUUGCCUUCAAGGACGUCCUCUAUGAGCAGACUAUCAAGCUCCGAGGGGCUGUGGCGAGAAAGGCCACCAAGGCGUAGAUACUCAGAUGCUUGGUGAGAAGCCUCUGUUUAAACCAUAGAGAUUACGUUUGACUUUGCUUUUGAAAUUGUACAUAUUGUGUUGUCUACCUGCCAUGAAAGUGUCUUUACCCUGUACGACUUGGAUGGACGUGGUCUUUCAGCCAUUCCAUUUUGCCCGACUUGUCGUAUUGACAAAGUUGUUGCAAGAAUGGCCGAGGCAAGAACGCUGACGAAAUCGAUUGGUAAAUUAUACGCGAAUAGCUACAGGGAGGAUGAGAAGGGAGAGACGACAUUUGUAUAUCACCAUAAGAGUAACGUGCUUGAAAAGUUGCCAAGGAACUAAUACC